AGAGAAUGUUGUACCGAAGACACAAGACCUGAGACUUGUGUUAUUCUAGCAGCUGAACUGACCCCAGCGUCUUCUGAGCGGCCGUGGUGCCGGAAGCAGUCUGGCCUACAGAGUUAUGGAUUCAUUAACAGAUCCUACUGUAUGCUCUGACAGCUAUGACCACAAUGGUCCACCCACAAAUGAAUUAUCAGGCACGAACCUGGAGGCACGUAUCAAUGAAAGUCCCGAUCCGAAUGCCCUGGAGGGAGUCAUCAUUGAUAGAAGUCCCAGUGACAGUACACAGACAAAUGAAUUUAAAGGAGCAACCAAGGAGACACUUACGAUUGAAACCCCACACAGCCGUGAAUGUAAAGGAGCAGGCCUGUUGUCACCUGUCAGUAAAAGUAUGUUAGAACGACUUUCCAAGUUUGAAGUUGAAGAUGCUGAAAAUGUUGCUUCACAUGACACCAAGAUUAAGAAAAUUGUGCGUUCAAUUGUAUCAUCCUUUGCAUUUGGAAUAUUUGGAGUUUUCCUGGUCUUACUGGAUGUCACUCUUCUCCUUGCCGACCUAAUUUUCAAUGAUAGCAAACUUUAUAUUCCUUUGGUGUAUCGUUCUAUUUCUCUAGCUAUUGCCUUAUUUUUUCUCAUGGAUGUUCUUCUUCGAGUAUUUGUUGAAGGGAGACAGCGGUAUUUUUCUGACUUACUUAACGUUUUAGAUACCGCCAUUAUUGUGACUCCUCUGCUGGUUGAUGUCGUUUACAUUUUUUUUGACAUUAAGUUUCUUAGGAAUAUUCCCAGAUGGAUACAUUUAGUUCGACUUGUACGACUUAUUAUUCUGAUAAGAAUUUUUCAUCUGAUUCAUCAAAAAAGACAACUUGAAAAGCUGAUGAGAAGGCUGGUUUCAGAAAACAAAAGGCGAUACACAAGGGAUGGAUUUGACCUAGACCUCACUUAUGUUACAGAACGUAUUAUUGCUAUGUCAUUUCCAUCUUCUGGAAGGCAGUCUUUCUAUAGAAAUCCAAUUGAGGAAGUCGUGCGGUUUCUGGAUAAGAAACAUCCAAAUCACUAUCGAGUCUAUAAUCUAUGCAGUGAAAGAGCUUAUGAUCCUAAGUACUUCCAUAAUAGGGUCAGCAGAAUCAUGAUUGAUGAUCAUAAUGUCCCCACUCUACAUGAGAUGGUGGUUUUCACCAAGGAAGUAAAUGAGUGGAUGGCUCAAGAUCCUGCAAACAUCGUAGCAAUUCACUGUAAAGGAGGCAAAGGAAGAACUGGAACUAUGAUUUGUGCCUUCCUUAUUGCCUCCGAAAUAUUUUUAACUGCAGAGGAAAGCCUGUAUUAUUUUGGAGAAAGGCGAACAGAUAAAACCAACAGCAGUAAAUUUCAGGGAGUAGAAACUCCUUCUCAGAAUAGAUAUGUUGGAUAUUUUGCACAAGUGAAACAUCUCUACAACUGGAAUCUCCCCCCGAGACGGAUACUCUUUAUAAAAAGAUUCAUUAUUUAUUCGAUUCGUGGCGGUGUAUGUGAUCUAAAAGUCCAAAUAGUAAUGGAGAAAAAAGUUGUCUUUUCCAGUACUUCAUUAGGAAAUUGUUCGAUAUUGCAUGACAUUGAAACAGACAGAGUGUUAAUUGAUGUAUUCAACGGUCCCCCUCUGUAUGACGACGUGAAGGUACAGUUUUUCUCUUCGAAUCUUCCUAAAUACUAUGACAAUUGUCCGUUUUUCUUCUGGUUCAACACAUCUUUUAUUCAAAGUAACAGGCUUUAUCUACCAAGAAAUGAAUUGGAUAAUCCACAUAAACAAAAAACAUGGAAAAUUUACCCACCACAAUUUGCAGUGGAGGUACUUUUUUGUGAGAAGUGACUUACAAUUUCGUUGUAGCUGGAUCCGAUUAAGUAUAGUUUCCCCUUCCCCUUCUGGGAAAGAAUUAUGUUCUUUCCAACCCCUGCCACAUGUUCAUAUGUCCUAAAUCUUCCUUGAUGAUAUAUCUGUAUUUAUAUAUGUUUACAUAUGUUCUUGAUAAAUCUAUUAAAUAUAUAGAGAUAAAA